CCAUUUUUCUUUUUUACAUUACUAAUAUAUUAAAACCCUUGUAUAAUUUAUUUUUUGUUCAUAACUAAAAACUUUAUAUUUCUAUUCUUUUUAAUGACCGAUUCGAAUUCACUCCAGGGCAAGGUUGUCCUCAUUACAGGCGCGCUCACUGCCGUCGGCCGCCAGCUUGCACACCGGCUAUCCGCCCUGGGCGCCUCCUUGGCGCUCGUCGACUCACCGUCCGACGGCACAGGCGAGCAACUCAGCGCUAUCCUGCCAACCCACACAAUCUACAUACAAUCCGACCUGCGCCAGCAACAGGAUGUGCGGCUAAUGAUAGAGGCUGCGGUGCUGACCUUUGGCCACCUGGACAUUCUAGUCAAUAAUGCACACAGCCUGGCGGACGAAACAUCGGAUGCCGAGGACGUGCAGCGUAUCUGCGACAGCAUCGACGUUAAUUUCCGCGCGCCUGUUUUGGCAUCCUGGGUGUUCUCGCGGUAUGUUCGCCAGGCGGGCAAGCAGGGCGUGGUGGUCAACGUUACAGCGAUGGCUGGGUUGGUUCCUGGCAGGGGAAGGGAGGUGUAUGGCGCGACGAAUGCUGGUCUGAUACAUUUUACCGAGGCCAGUCGCGGACGGAAGAACGAUGUCAGGGUAUGUGCAUUGGCGCCCUAUUAUGUUGACGGUUUGGUGGACGGCGGUGGUGGCGGCAGAAUGUUGCCUGGGAAUAAAUUGGGCGCGGCGCUGACUAUGAGCUGCGAGCAGGUCGUUGAGGCUGUGGUCAGGUGUAUUUUCGAUGACCGGUUAGAUGGGAAAACAGUUCUGAUGGCUGGCGGGUCUACUUAUACGCACACCUGGGCGUAUUUGUUGGCCAGAGUGCAUAUGUUUUUUAUCAUGCUGUGGAGCAUGCUUGUGCUGCUCUUCAACCGGUUAGUUUUUUUGUGCCGGCGCAAUGCGGAGAGCAAGCGAACAGAAACGGAAGUUGAAGCUGAAGCUGAUAGUAAAAAAGAUGCGUAGCUUUUUUAUUUACGCUUUUCAAUAAAAAUACUUUGGUCGAACUGCA